AUGCCUGACCCUCCCAGAGACGUCCUCCACUACCCAUCCAUCCACCGAACCUUUCUCGAACCUCAUCUCCCACCCAAAACUCCUUCGACAGCAUCACCCUACCCCUUCACAACCCUCACAUUCGCAACCUCCCUCGACUCCCAACUCGCCCUCUCCCCCGGCGCACCCACGGCCCUCUCCGGCCCCGAAUCAAAAGCAAUGACACACUACCUCCGCUCCCGCCACGACGCAAUCCUCAUCGGCGUCGGCACUGCCGUGGCAGAUAACCCGAGCUUGAACUGUCGUAUUGAGGGUGUGGGCGGAUAUGGAGGGGAGGGACUAGAGGGUCAGCCUAGACCGAUUGUGCUGGAUCCGAGGGCGAGAUGGGAGGUUAAUGGUGAGACUAAGGUGUUGAAACUCGCGAGGGAGGGAAGGGGGAAAGCGCCUUUUAUUAUUACUACGAAGGGUGCGGAGGUGGGUGGGAAACGAGAGGUGUUGGAGGGGUGUGGAGGGAAGUUUAUUGAGAUUGAUACGGGUGGGGAGAGGAAAUUAGGGUGGAGGGAUAUAUUGAGGGCACUGAAGGAGGAAGGGCUGAAUAGUGUGAUGAUCGAGGGUGGUGCGGGGGUAAUUAAUGAGUUGAUGUCGCCUGAGAAUGCGGAGCUGGUCUCGUUUGUGAUUGUGACGAUUGCUCCGACGUGGCUUGGUAAGGGUGGUGUGGUUGUGUUGCCAGAUAGACGGAACGAUAGCUGUGGAAAGCCAAUCGCGGCUGCUAGGCUGGAUGGUGUGAAGUGGUAUCCGCUUGGAGAGGAUGUGGUGCUGUGCGGCAAGAUGAAGCUGGAUGGUUAA